GUAGAGACUGCGAGGGAGUAGGAGUGGCCAUGCUUGCAGUCAGGCCAUUAGGCCUCGGCUGGCGUCGCUGAGUGUUGUAAUUGCUUUCCUUAUGAAGCUCCAAACUCAAACGCCAUCACUGUGGUGGUAGCCUCAGCCAGGUUUAGAAGUAUAAGGGUAGGGACGUGCGUGGCGAUGGUGUAGGAAGAAGCUGAGCGGGGGCCAGUGUUGCCGGCUUCUGCGCAAGGCGCUGCCGCUAGGAAUCGCCGGCAGUGAUGACAAGCAACAGCUUCGCCCGCGUGUUGUAGUUAGGCGCAGAGUUAGACUUAGUGGCGCUGGCGUCCUGAUCUCGUGCAAGCUCAAGCAUUCAGGUCCACACUCUCACUCACGCCCAUGCGAUGCCAUUUCUUACUCGUUCACUCUUACCGUGGCGCUAAUCGCCUCACGGUGGUGCCAUUAAUGGGCCUAAGUCUGCGCGUAAGUGUAACUAUAGAAAUAGCUGCGCCAUUUAUUAGCAUUAGCGUCGCGGCCAAUGAGUAAGCUGUAGCUGUUGCCGUUUGCUUUGAUUUUUUCACUCCUUUGCGCAGGAGAAAUAGAGAAAAGGGCUGGAAGUGGAAAGAUUGGGCGCCAGAGGGAGAGGCAUCGCGUAGGAGCUAGCAGGGCUAUCAACGUCAUGGCUUCGCUCUUGGCAGUAGCUCAACCGCACCCAGCCCCAGACCCACACCCACAGCCGCAACUACUACCACAAAGGCCAACAGCUCGAGCAUCUGCCGUCGUCUCUACUCCAGGCUCAAUCAGCAUCCAGCAACAUGAAAAGCGCCAGCGGCAUUGUCUGACUCGGCUCGCGGUGGGAGUGCGUAGCGCGGUGGCCAUAGUAUGGCGCGCACCUGCAGGGGUGCUUGCAUUUGCGCACGCACUCCCACUCGCUCGCAGUCGCGCUCGAAGGGUAGUCUGGUGGCUGAGUGUAUAG